GACAAGAGCAGCCGAAGCCGAAUGAAUAGUGGAAGCUGAUGCUUACAUUGGCAUUUGAAUUAUUGGUAGCGAUAUAAAGGGGGCCUUGUGUAAUGUACCAACACAAGACGCUUGGCACUUCAAUCCAACCAACGUGUUAUAGGUUUCGGUGCCUUUCUCUUUUCUAAUUUAAUGCUUCAUCCUCGUAUAAAUCAAAUCAAAUUCAAUUCAAUUAUUCUUUAUACACACCAUAUCCUAUGUCUCUCUUUCUCUUUGCUCCACUUCAUGGAUUGGUUGCAUAAAUUAAGAAGAACUUGGACUACUCUCUCCACCCGAAUCAAGCUUCGCAAAUCUGCGGCAGGGGUUAUUGCCGGAUGCCGAAGCGGCGGUGAAUUGAGCGGGGAUUGCGGCGGAGCUGUUAGUGGGUUGUUGAAUCUUCGAGAUGAUGUAAAAAUGUGCGGUUACAGGGAUGUGGAAGUGAUGUGGAACAUGUUAAGCUCAAGCCUCACGACUGAGUCAACGGAAACAGCAAGAAGCACUAAACGAAAAAAACUUUCUCAGCGUAACUGCAAGCAAAGAUCAAAUUCGAGACUUCUCUUUUGGAGUAAUCAUAACUCAUAAGCAAAGUUUUAUUUGCUCGUCCGUUAAAUGUUAUUCAAAGUUUUGUAGUGUCACAUAUGUGAAUAUGUUUUGUACAUGAUCGAGAACAGAAUUAAUAUCAUAAACUUAGUUCUUUGCACACCGCCUAGUAAUCUUCAUUUUGGUACUAUACAAUUUAUACAAGUAACCGUUAAUUUGUCUCUCUAUACAUUUAUUAUACAGUAAUGGAAAUAAACGUCUUCAUGUUUCA